AUGAUACUAAUAUAUUACCCAGAGGUCUAUUAUGCUAUUGGAGUAGGUAUUGUCGUGUAUAUCUUCUUGAUUUGGCGAGGAAACGGCAUCAGAUUCCCAGAACCCAAGUAUUUGCAAGAUGUAAGUUAAGUAUGGUGUUUUAGACGGUAUAUAGUUUAAUAAUGUGUGCAUAUGGGUUAGUAAAGUUAUGUUAUUUGAUUUUAUGCUUUGAAUUAUGAGUUAUAUUGUUGUUAACGAAGACUUGCGUAUGUUAAGUUAGUUUAUGCGAGGUUUAGGUAUCGAUUUAGACAUUAUAUAAGCUAGUAAGGAAGUUUUGGUUUAAAUUAAAGUAUUAUUUGUUUAAGAUGGAUCAUUUUCCUGAAAAGAAGUCAAAGAGGUGUUAUGUAAGAAGGAAACCGACGGAAAACAAUAUCAAGGAUCAGUUUAAACAACCAUUGGCUCCAAAGAUGUCUGGAAAACCUGAAGUUUUGUAUGCAGAACCUCCAACAAUCGGUCAUUUUAAUGUAAGGUUUUAAAUUUGUAAUUUAUUCAGCUUAAAUUAUCGAAAGAAGGGGAUUUAUUACCUGAAAUUGUGAAAUGUUAUCCAAAAUUUUUUCUGUAAAAAAUCGACCUAGAAAUAAAAGCAGAUAUUAAGGUAGUCAAUAUUUACUAAUUGCAUCGUAAUAUAGGAAAAAUAGGUAAAAUUGUUAACGAAUUACCCAAAUAAAUAUAUCUAUUGAUUAAAAACAUUGAUAUUUUCAGCCAAGACCAUUGACACCAAGCCGAGCAGUGACGAUGCAAACUCAAACCACUCCGUUACACCAGUCCAGAAAGCCGACUGCUGAGAUGAAUGUUAACUACGGACUUCGGAGUCGGAAUGUUCAAGUGCCUAAAUCCAGGUUUCCAGAUGUUGAGGAAGAGGCGUUAGUGUACGAAGAGCCGUAA